AUGGAUGUUUAUGAGGAGGACAGUGAUGAUCCUAUCCCCAUGGUUGUGGUUGGACUGACGGUGGAUCGGUUCUACUGCGUUGUUUUCCCGCUGAAACGCGACAGAUUCUGCACUCGAAGAAAGGCCGCGAUCGUCUGCUCGUGUCUGACUACUUUGUCAGGUGUGCUGACGCUCCCGCUAGUGCUUGACGUGAAGAAAGUAAAAGGCAUAAACACACAAUGCUAUGUGAAAGAUCAAUAUAUGGGCUAUUAUUAUUUCGUACGUCUAGUUCUCACCUCAACCCUCCCCUGCCUCUUGAUUCUCAUCUUCAACAUUGUGAUUGGUAUCCACAUCCAGCGCAGCGCCACGUUUCAGAAGAGAUUCACCUCGUCGAACAACUCUGCCAACACUGAUACGAAGCUGGACAAGUCGUUUCGUCCUCUUAUGCUCAUCUCCAUUUUGGCUUUCGUAACAAUUGUUCCUUUGGCUAUCACGGACUGUAUCCUUGCGAUCCUGUUGGUAACUAAAUCGCAUUUUGAAACCGUAGGGAUCCUGGUCAAACUGUGGCCAAUAUUCAACAUUGUAUACCUGAUCAAUUUUGGACAGAAUCUGUACAUCCUGAUGGCCAGUUCAGCUAACUACAGGAAGAUCAUGAACACAAAGCUGACGUGCAGGGGAAGGAAAUCCUCCAGACAGAAAGACAAGGUCACAGUGUCACGAUUUCCAUGGCAGGUUUCUGAACCCACCAAUUUCGGGACAGAUGGAUCAGAAUCCGCAACCAGACUGUCGUUUGCAACCAACAUCACGUUAGUUAACAGAGCCACCAAUUUCGGAACAGAUGAAUCGGAAUCCGGAACCAGACUGUCUUUUGCAACCAGCAUCACGUCAGUUAACUCUCCUGUCAAGGAUUCCGAAGAUCGUUAA